AUGGGCAUGUGGAGUGCGCUCCGGGACACUGCGCAGGCUUCUGGCGUCAAAUUUUCGGAACAUUCGGGCAAGCCCACCGCUGAGGAGGCAGCCAAGGACUGGGAUGGCAAUGGAAAGGUGGCGAUCGUGACAGGGCCGUACGCGGGGCUCGGCAAGGAGACAACGCGCGUGCUGGCGCUGCGGGGCGCAGAGGUGGUGAUGGCCGGUCGCAGCAAGGCAAAGGCGGACGCGGCCAUCGACGAGAUCAGGAAGGAGAACCCUGGCGCCAAGCUGCGGUUCAUGGAGCUGGACCUGUCCAGCCUGGCGUCCGUGAAGAAGUUCGCGGACGAUUUUCGCGCCACGGGCCUGGCGCCCAACGUGCUGGUGAACAACGCGGGGAUCAUGCUGUGCCCGUAUGGCCUGUCCGCGGAUGGUUAUGAGAUGCAGUUCGCCACGAACCACCUGGGGCACUUCCUGCUGACGCGGCUCCUGCUGCCGGACCUGGAGGCCGCUGCCAACGCUUCAGGGGUGCAGUCCCGCGUGGUCACUGUCUCCUCUCACGCGCACCACUUUCCAUACCGGGGCGGCCUGCGCUUCGACGACCUUGCCAAGCCCAAGGCGAAGGGUUACAAUAGGUCAAGCGCCUACGGCGCGUCCAAGUUGGCCAACAUCCUCUUCACGCGGGAACUGGAUUCUAGGCUGAGGGGCAGGAAAUCUGGGGUGACCGCAGUUUGCUCCCACCCCGGCCUCGUCCCCACUGAAUUGGCCAGGAACUUCAACCCCCUGGUCCUGCGGAUGGCCAUGUGGAUAUUAAGAAAGGUCGCGCCAAGCUACAGGGAGAUUCGGCAGGGUGCCUCUUCUCAGGUGUACUUGUGCACGGCGCCGAAGGUGGACGGGGGGGAGUACUACAUGGAUUGCGCAAUCAUGCCGACGUCCAAACAGGCCCUGGAUAGGGAAAUGGCAUCGAAGCUGUGGGGCCUGAGUGAAGACAUGUGCACGGAUUAUUUGGAGAAAGGGAACAGCGGCUAG